AUGAUCAAAUUAGAGUCGACAGGUAUUGUUCUAUUGCUAUGGUUGGUGAUUGGUUCCAGUUUUUUUGCCACAGUACACUCUGUUGAAUUCAUUAGAUUAGGUACUUUUGAUAACCUCAAACAUAUUAAAGCCAAUUAUCAAGAUAUCAUCACUGUGCGACUCUAUCAUCUCCAAGGAAUGUUUAUACUCUCUCAACCCGAGUGCAGUGGACUAGAUGUAGUGACACAUAAAUCAAACCAUCAUUUCGUGGAAACGACAUUCGAAGUCCAAGAUCCGGGUUCCUAUGUCAUAACUUCAAAUGGUACUGGCAUUUGUUCUCCUCCCACACAUUGUGAUACUAUCUAUUACUCGUUUACCAUUGAUGUUGAGGAAAUAUAA